AUGAGCUUCCACGCAGCCGGCAACAACGUUGGCGACUGCUGCCGGAUCAGCCUGCCGCGGUGGGUGGUGGAGGCCGGGGAGCGCGACCCUGACAUCUUCUUCACCGACUCCUCUGGCUACCGCAACCGCGAGUGCCUGUCCGUGGGCUGCGACACGCAGCCGGUGCUGCUCGGGCGCACGCCCAUCCAGGCACAGGCCGACUUUAUCGCCGCCUUUGCGGAUGAAUUUGGCGACAUGCUGGGCAAUGUGAUCAGCGAGGUGACGGUGGGGAUGGGCCCCGCCGGCGAGCUGCGCUACCCUUCGUAUCCAGAGGGCGACGGCCGCUGGCGCUUCCCCGGCAUCGGCCAGUUCCAGUGCUAUGACAAGUACAUGCUGGCCAGCCUGAAGGAAGCGGCAAUAGCUGCGGGGCACCCGGAGUGGGGCCACGGCGGGCCACACGAUUCAGGCAAUUACAACAGCCAUAGCUCCGAGACCGGCUUCUUCCGCAGCUAUGGCGGCAGCUGGGACACAGAGUACGGCCGCUUCUUCCUCUCCUGGUACUCUGGCCUGCUCAUCCAGCACGCCGACCGGCUGCUGGGCGCUGCGCGGCAAGUGCUGUCGGCGCGGUGCCGACCGCGGGCGAUGCGGGAGGCGCGCGAGCUAUCAGAUGGCGGCAUGCUCUACGUGUUUGGGCCCGCGGUGCAGCUGGGCAUCAAGUUGGCGGGCGUGCACUGGUGGUUCAAGAGCCGCGCACAUGCCGCGGAGCUGACUGCUGGGUACUACAACACGCGGGAGCGCAACGGCUACCUUCCCAUCUUUGACAUGCUCAAGCGGCACAGCGCGGCAGCCAGCUUCACAUGCGUGGAGAUGCGCGACUGCGAGCACCCCAUCGAGGGGCGCUGCUCGCCAGAGGGCCUGCUCAACCAGGUGCUCAGCACCGCUGCGCGCGUGGGGGUGCCCAUGAGCGGCGAGAAUGCGCUGCAGCGGUAUGACCAGUAUGCGUUUGACAAGAUCUGCGACUCUGCCUUUGGCCAGAGUGUGAUGGCUGGCCGCUUAGAGAAGCUCACCUUUUUGCGAAUGGGCGACAUGAUGAUUGACAACUGGAGCGCCUUUGGCGCCUUCCUGCAGCGGCUCACCUGCCCACCCUGA